AUGACAACUCUUGUUCCUGCAACCCUCUUCCUUCUUCUCUGGACCCUGCCAGGGAAGGUCCUCCUCAGUGUGGCUUUGGCAAAAGAGGAUGUCAAAUCUGGGCCCAAAGGGUCCCAGCCCAUGUCCCCCUCUGAUUUCUUGGAUAAGCUAAUGGGACGAACAUCUGGAUAUGAUGCCAGGAUUAGGCCCAAUUUCAAAGGCCCACCUGUGAAUGUGACCUGCAACAUCUUCAUCAACAGUUUUGGCUCCGUCACUGAGACCACCAUGGACUACCGGGUAAAUGUCUUCUUGCGGCAACAGUGGAAUGACCCACGUCUGGCCUACCGAGAAUAUCCUGAUGACUCUCUGGACCUAGACCCCUCCAUGCUCGACUCUAUCUGGAAGCCAGACCUCUUCUUUGCCAAUGAGAAAGGGGCCAACUUCCAUGAGGUGACCACAGACAACAAGUUACUACGCAUCUUCAAGAAUGGGAAUGUGCUCUACAGUAUCAGAUUGACCCUCAUUUUGUCCUGCCCAAUGGACCUCAAGAACUUCCCAAUGGACAUCCAGACCUGCACAAUGCAGCUGGAAAGCUUUGGCUACACGAUGAAUGACCUCGUGUUUGAGUGGCUAGAAGAUGCUCCUGCUGUCCAAGUGGCUGAGGGGUUGACACUUCCCCAAUUUAUCUUGCGGGAUGAGAAGGAUCUAGGUUAUUGUACCAAGCACUACAACACAGGAAAAUUCACCUGCAUAGAAGUGAAGUUUCACCUGGAGCGGCAGAUGGGCUACUAUCUGAUUCAGAUGUACAUUCCCAGCCUACUCAUUGUCAUCCUGUCCUGGGUCUCCUUCUGGAUCAACAUGGAUGCUGCCCCUGCCCGCGUAGGCCUCGGCAUCACCACCGUCCUCACCAUGACAACCCAGAGCUCUGGAUCUAGAGCUUCUUUGCCUAAGGUCUCCUAUGUGAAGGCGAUUGACAUCUGGAUGGCUGUAUGCCUGCUCUUUGUAUUUGCUGCCCUGCUUGAGUAUGCUGCAGUCAAUUUUGUCUCUCGUCAGCACAAAGAAUUUUUGAGACUUCGUAGAAGGCAGAGACGCCAACGCAUGGAAGAAGACAUCAUACGAGAAAGCCGCUUCUAUUUUCGUGGCUAUGGCCUAGGACACUGCCUACAAGCAAGGGAUGGAGGUCCAAUGGAAGGUUCCAGCAUUUAUAGUCCCCAACCUCCAGCCCCUCUUCGAAAGGAGGGAGAAACCAUGAGAAAAGUCUAUGUGGACCGAGCCAAGAGAAUUGACACUAUCUCCAGGGCUGUCUUCCCCUUUACUUUUCUUGUCUUCAAUAUCUUCUAUUGGGUUGUCUAUAAAGUUCUAAGGUCAGAAGAUAUCCACCAGGCACUGUGA